UCAUUUCUCAACAGCAAUUUGACAACAUGAUACUGCAGGUGAAGUUUAUGACCGGUGACAUUGUCCCACUUGAGAUCAAUCCUUCCAUUCAAGUAUCAGCUCUCAAGACGUUGAUAUAUGAGAAGACCAAGAUACCUGUUUACCAACAGCGUCUGGUGAUACAAAAUGGGAACACUCAAGAGCUGAAGGACAACAAGAGACUGUCUGACUACUGUGUCCCUCCCAGUAACACUGUCAUGCUGAUCGUCAAGAAUGAGGAGCGCAUGCAGAUAUUCCUGCAGAAUGACAAGGGAAAACUUUCUACAUACGAUGUUCGUCCCUCUCAGUCUGUUGAGGAGUUUAAAGCACAAGUCCAGCGACAGGAACGUGUCCCAAUCAAUCAGCAGCGCCUGAUGUACGAUGGGAAACAGCUGGAGGAUGGUCGGUUACUCGCUGACUACAAUAUUCAGCCAGAGAGCACCAUCUUCCUCUUGCUGCGUUUGCGGGGUGGCACAUUGUGACAGCACUAAUACACAAUCAGUGGGAGAUGUUCCUCAAAACUGUUAUCAAAAUUUACUGCUGUAUUCCCCCACUUGUACAAUUCCUAUGCGGUUAGGGAUCACAGUUAGUAAGUGGCCUUUUGGCUGUCACUCUGCUCUGUAUUAUAUGUACUGAUGCCCAUAUUCCUGAUAUGUACAUACAGGCCAUAGCCAGCAUUUGGAACAGCAAGAGUUACGUCAGGAGUGGGAGGG